AUGACGCCGUCGAGGGCGCGGGGGAAGAGCCCGGACGCGCCGCGACGGUUGGUGCAGACGCUGGACGUCGAUGGGGACGACGUGCCGUGCGUGAAUUAUAAAAAGUUGUUGCGCGAGCAGGGCGGCGCGGACGCGCGGACGUCGGCGGAGAAGGGGAAGGAUCGAGCGGAGCCGACGGUGAAGUCGCCGCGUUCGCUGCUCGAGGGUGGCGCCACGGGAGGUGGAGGCCACAUGGCGGCGGUGAUUCGAAGGAUCGAGGCGCUGUAUCAGGGCGGACGAGGGAACGCGUCGAGCGAUGAGGACGAGGAAGAAGAAGACGAGGAAGAAGAAGACGAGGACGAGGACGAGGAAGACGAGGAGGGUGAGAGCGGUGAGGAAGAUGGCGAGGCCGAUGAUGACGGUGAGAGCGGUGAGGAGGAGGACUCGGGGAGCGAGAUGGAGGAUCCAGACGACCAGCCGACAAUGACGCCGAACGGAACGAGCCGCGUCAUCCAGGAACCCACCAAGCCCAAGACUUCGGAGGAGAAGAAAGAAAAACCGGCCAAGAAGAAGAAGAAAGCCAAGAAAAAGAACGGUGACGUCGAUUGGUACGACGUCGACGACGAUUUCAUCGACGACGAUGAACUGGAUGAAUAUUUUGAAGAUGACGGAUUGAAGACAAAGCACAGCGGCUUCUUCAUCAACAGAGGCGAGUUGCAAAGAGUCGACGAGGAAGGGAGGACGCCGGUCAAGCGUGCGCUCGAGGACGAAUCACCCGUGGCCGUCGUCAAAGAGAAGGGGCGAGUGGCAAAGAAGCCCAAGGCGACGGAGUGGACGGAGGAGGCAAAGAAGCUGCUUCGCAAAGCGGUGACCAUGUACGGGAAACAGUGGAGAGUGAUUCAAGAUCUUGGCGGCGAAUUCGACGAGCUCAAGGCGUACUCCACGGCUCGUAUGGCCAAGCAGUGGACUGUUUUGCACGAAGAGCUCAUUGCGCGAGGGAUCGACAUCGUCAUCCCGGUCGCUCCGCCCAAGCCACCGUCGUCGACGACGCUCGCAAAGGGUGCUGAAGACGGCGAUGCCGAGGAUGGGCUGAACACGCCGAAGCGAAUGCAUCAAGAGAGCGCGGCGAAUAAUUCUUCGCAGAAAAAGCCGAAAAAGCCGAAAGUUUCCGAUAGGGACCUGGAUGAGACUGAUCCAAGGCAUUCCGAGGCGAAGAAACGAGUUGUAGAGAGCAAAGACGGAGAGUUUGCCAAGCUCAAGGCGAUGGUGGAGACGCAGUGUGACACAAUUCGUACCAAGGAGACGAGCAAGGCGAGUGACGAAGCGCCGAAGCGUUUUACGUUUGAAUGGACGGAUGAGAUUGCGGACUUCAUGUAUUGCACGCUCUCUCGUCUGUUUUUUGCACUACCGAAGAAGGGGGCGAAUGUACUCUGGAAGGAAGUAGAAGAGCUAUGGCCGAAGGAUUUUGAGAUGCAAGAGACGACUCUUCGAAAGAAACACACGUCGGUCCAGAAGAAGAAGACCGCCGCGGAGAAGCAAGCUAUCAUUGGUUUGCCCGGUGAGGAGGACGGUACGCCAGCUUAA